ACUUCAUUUUGUUUUAUAUCCUUUAAUCAACCAUACUCCAUUUCUUCUCUCUCUCUUUCUAUCUCUUCUCUAACUUAACCCACUUUUGCCCAUAAAUAAAACAAACCCCCAUUCCAUCGACACCUCAGAAACAAAAACAAAUCCCACAAACCAAACUUGCCAUGGGCGUGGACAUGUCUAACACUCCACCCACUUCUCACACCAAAGACUACUUCGCUUCUCCGGCUCUCUCUCUCAGCCUUGCCGGGAUUUUUCGCGAUGCUGGGGCAGCGGCGACGGCGGCAAAUAUGGAGGUGGAGGAAGGGGAGGAAGGGAGCUGCGGCGGGAAGAAAGACGACACGGUGGAGAUGAGCAGCGAGAAUUCGGGACCGGCGAGAUCGAGGUCGGAUGAUGAGUUUGAUGGAGAAGGAGAGCAUGAUGACGAUGGCACUGGCGAUGGAGACAAGAACAAGAAAAAGAAAAGGAAGAAGUACCAUAGGCACACUGCUGACCAAAUUAGAGAAAUGGAAGCGCUCUUCAAGGAAUCACCUCAUCCGGAUGAGAAGCAAAGACAGCAACUAAGCAAGCAAUUGGGCCUCGCACCAAGACAGGUCAAGUUUUGGUUCCAAAAUCGUCGAACCCAAAUCAAGGCUAUACAAGAGCGCCACGAGAACUCUUUGUUGAAAUCAGAAAUAGACAAACUGAGAGAUGAGAACAAGUCCUUGAGGGAGCAAAUUAACAAAUCUUGCUGCCCCAAUUGUGGCACGUCCACAGUUAGCAGAGACGCCACCAUGACAACGGAGGAACAACAACUGCGAAUUGAAAAUGCCAAACUCAAAGCUGAGGUUGAGAAGCUCCGAGCAGCUAUAAGAAAACACCCUCUGGGAGCGACAUCUCCAUCGUGCUCCGCCGGAAACGACCAAGAAAACAGAAGCUCUUUGGACUUUUACACCGGGAUAUUCGGGCUCGAGAAGUCGAGGAUCAUGGAGAUUGUGAACCAGUCAAUAGACGAGCUCGUGAAGAUGGCCACAGCCAGAGAACCGCUUUGGGUUCGGAGCGUCGAAACCGGCCGCGAAAUACUUAACUACGACGAGUACGUGAAGGAGUUCAACGUUGAGAACCCCAGCAAUAUCAAAGGGCCGAAGAGAUCCAUCGAGGCCUCCCGAGAGGUCGGCGUCGUCUUCGCUGAUCUUCCUCGUUUGGUGCAAAGCUUCAUGGAUGUGAAUCAAUGGAAGGAAAUGUUUCCGUGCAUGAUAUCGAAGGCUGCCAUGGUCGACGUUAUUUGCAGCGGCGAAGGAGACAAUAAGAAUGGUGCCGUACAAUUGAUGUUUGCGGAGCUGCAAAUGCUCACGCCAACGGUGCCAACUAGAGAGGUGUAUUUUGUCCGAUUUUGCAAGCAAUUGAACGCGGAGCAGUGGGCCAUCGUUGAUGUUUCCAUCGACGAAGUCGAAGAAAACAUCGAUGCGUCAUUGGUUAAAUGCAGAAAACGUCCCUCUGGUUGCAUCAUUGAGGACAAAUCCAAUGGCCAUUGCAAGGUGACUUGGGUGGAGCACUUGGAAUGCCAGAAAAGCACAGUCCACACAAUGUACCGUGCCAUUGUAAACAGCGGUCUGGCGUUUGGUGCGAGGCAUUGGAUAGCUACACUGCAACUUCAAUGCGAGAGGCUUGUUUUCUUCAUGGCAACCAACGUUCCCAUGAAGGACUCAACUGGCGUGGCCACUCUUGCCGGGAGGAAAAGCAUAUUGAAGUUGGCACAGAGAAUGACCUGGAGUUUCUGUCGAGCAAUCGCUGCAUCGAGCUACAAUACUUGGACCAAGGUCUCAAGCAAAACAGGGGAAGACAUAAGAAUUGCCUCAAGGAAGAACUUGAAUGACCCUGGAGAGCCUCUUGGAGUCAUACUCUGUGCAGUUUCUUCAGUAUGGUUGCCCGUCUCUCCUCAUGCCCUGUUCGAUUUCUUGAGAGAUGAAAGUCACCGGAGUGAGUGGGAUAUAAUCUCAAGGACCGGUUCAGUUGAAUCCAUGGCGAACUUAGCAAAGGGACAAGACCGUGGCAAUGCAGUUUCCAUCCAAACGAUGAAAUCCAAAGAAAACAGCAUGUGGAUACUCCAAGACUGCUGCACAAAUGCUUAUGAAUCCAUGGUGGUCUAUGCUCCGGUGGACAUCACUGGAAUGCAAUCUGUGAUGACCGGAUGUGACUCAAGCAACCUCACUGUAUUACCAUCAGGUUUCUCGAUUCUUCCCGACGGGGUAGAAUCAAGGCCUCUAGUCAUCACCUCUAGGCCAGAGGAGAAGACUUCAGAAGGAGGGUCUCUGCUUACAGUAGCAUUCCAGAUACUAACCAAUACCUCCCCAACAGCCAAACUAACUAUGGAGUCUGUGGAUUCCGUUAACACCCUAAUAUCAUGCACUUUAAAGAAUAUUAAGACAAGUUUGCAAUGUGAGGAAAGCUGAUCUAAAUUUAGUUCUACUAGUUAGCGUUAGGUAAACCCAACUAAAUUAACUGUAAAGCAUCUAGUUGAGUUGUUAGUGGUUUAAGAAAAUGCUCUGGUUUCAUGUGGGUUUAUUUUAAUUCAUUAUUUGGUUGAAAUGAAAAAGGAAGGGAACGUCUGUGGUUAGCAUUGUAGAGAAAAGUAUAUGUUCAGCAUCUACAUGGAUCUACAGAACUGAUAGUUCCUACUUCCUCAUGCAUAAUAAUAUUAGUA